CAGAUACUUCAUCCAAUAGAAGAGGUUUGACUAGUAGAAGAGUAGGUUUAGCUAGCAGACCAAGUUCCUCAAAUAUCAACAAUAUCAAGUCUAACUGCAGAUAAUUGGUGUGUGCUGGAUAACAACAAAAUGUUACAUCUUAUUCUGGUUCUCUCUGGAGUUUGUACAGUGGGCAUGACCAUGCCUUUACCUGAUUUUUACUCUUACUCACUUGCUGUUGGAGAUGGCAGUGGGUAUGAAUUUUCCACUGCACAUGACGGUCGCAUCAAUGGUAUUAGAGUCUGGGAAUACAGUAGUGCAUACAUUACUGGAAUUCAGCUGAUGUAUGAUGGUAAUUGGACAACACCGGUUUGUUUAAACUAUGGCACUCCCCAAGAGAUGACACUUCUUGAUAAUGAAUCCAUCAUUCAAGUCUCUGGAAAGUAUUACAGUGGCUACAUCUAUGAGCUUAUGUUUGUCACUAGUCACGGGCGCUCUUUAAAAGUGGGGCAGCCUAAUGGAGGCUCAUUUAACUUCUAUCCAACCCAUGAUGGAAGUGAGCUGCGUUUUCUCAGUGGUCGACAGAAUGGAAAUGGUAUCACCUCCAUUGGGGCUCAUUGGGCUGUUUACCACAACAGUGUGGCUUAAGAACAUAUCAUCUCAGUUCAUCUCACCUCAUUUUAUCAUUUUUUUCUGCCAUUAAAGAAACCUAAUUGUUUUAUCUGUACUGAUUUCUAUAUACUAGCUUCUGAUGGCUAUUACUUGACUAAAGGCUUUGUUUUGUUCAUUUUAGCAUAUUCUAUGUUCAGUGGGUUGCAUUUUAUAUUUCUUCAGCAGUGUACACUUUUAUGUACAAUAGGGUAUUGGUUUACUUUCAAUAAAACUAACAGAUUCCAGCUCUUUUGUUGUAUGAAGAUCACAUUAAAAUAAAAUAUUGUAUUUUAUCUGGUUUUAGACGUUCAGUCUUAAAAUAUGAAAAUCCAAUGUAAAACAUGAAUUAUUAAAUUUGAUGAUAAUUCAUAUGACCAUGAUGAUGUAAACAAAGAGUGAAAUAAAACAAAGCAUUUAUUGUGAAAAUGAUUAAAAUUAGUGCACAAAGAAGCGCACUUAAUUGUAUUUAAUGUGCAUUUUUAGCAUACUUCAAAUCUUAAAAGUAUAUUUAAAAAACUGUAUGUGCACAUAAUAUAGUAUUAAUGAAAUAAAAGGUCACUUAGCCAUUCUU